AUGAAUACUUUCAAUUUUGAUUUUGGUGAAGACUUACCUGCAGAUUUAGCAAAUGCAGUUAGAAAAUCUUUCUCUGAACCACAAGAUACAUUAUUAUCACGAAGUCAUAGUAGUGCAUCUCUUUCACAGACAGGUGAUAAUCACUCCCCUAUUGCAAGCAACAUUAAUUUAACAAGUAUGACUAACCCUAAUGAGAUAUUACCACUUUCAAAUUAUAAGUGUAAUAAUAGUCAUAAUAAUGAUCAACAUUCGAAUGGACAAGCUAGCAGUACCGGUGCUGUCAAUAAAGCUGACACAUUGUCUGAGUUGUCUGAAGAUCCGAACACACAAGAAGUAUCACUGCAACAACAGUCUGAUUAUCAACUUUUUAAACAUCACUAUAGUGUAGCAAAAAACACACGAGAGUCUAUCACAGACAUACUACAUGAAUUGGAUAUUAAGUCUGGUGAUUCUACAUCACCACAACCACUUUCUAUACCUUCAACUAAUAUAGUCUCAGAAAAUGCAAAUGUGUUUAGUCAAGCACUACAACAACAACAAAAUAAAUAUCCAGAAGAAGUAAUAUCACAACAAGAAAUUUUUCAACAGCAAUUAAGGAAUCCAUUUAUUGACCAGGCGGACACUAACAAUCGAAGUAAUAUGAACAUAACAAAAAAUAAAUUUGAUAAUGAUACUCAUAUAAACCCUAAAACAACAUUAGAUACGAACAUUGGUCCCAACAUAGUUAUUGACAAUAAUGCCAAUAUUAUAAAUCAAAUGACCACAAGAAGAAGUUCUAUUAAAAAUGUCCAGUGGAUAAGGCAAUUACUAAAUCCAAGAAGUUCUUUCUCCGGACCAUCACAAACUGCGAUGUCAGUUAAUAAUUCAUUUUUACAAAAGUAUAAUAUAAGUACAGAAAUUUCGCAAAAUGAUGCAUUCUCAAAGAAAGCACUAACCACAAAAUGUUGGGUUACCAUACUUAAAGAUAGUUCUAUUGAGUCUAUUAAGUCUAUGAUUGUUCUUUAUCAUUCUUUAUUAUUAACAGAGUCAAAAUAUCCAAUGUACAUUCUACAUGACUCUAGUUUAGAUGUAUCUGAACUGGGAAAAUAUAAUAUUCAUACUGUUUCUAUUCCAAGAGAAUACUUCCAAGAUGACCCGAAUUCUAUGAAUCCAAUACUAUUAACAAAUUCAAAGUACCAAUCUUUACUAGAGAAGAAAUGGUACAUUUUAGCAUUAUUUGUUUCGUUUAUCAAUACACAUUAUGAAUUGAUAUGUUACAUUACACCAACAUCCAUGAUAAUAGAUAACAUUGAUGAAUUAUUAGACGAUCGCAGCAUUAACAAUGAAAUUGAUAAUGAAACAUGUGUAUUGUUGAGUAAUGUUACUCUGAAUGAUUCAGAGGAACCCCAAUUGAUUAUCUUUAAACCAAGUAAUGAGGUGUCGAUGUGUAUUAAAGAAUAUUUCACUUUAUAUGGAGAUAACAAAGAAAAACUACACAAGAUUGAUAAGCUGUUACAAAUAACAGAUUCGCAAGUGUUGAAAGAAUUAUUUGGUGAGACUUGGGGUAACAUUUCAUCUGAUGGGUAUAUUACUGUUUUUGAGUUAGAUGAUGAAUCAUUAAACAUAAGUAAUUUUGUUCAGAAGGAUAGUGAACCAACAACUAGAAGCAAUGCAAAAAUAUUAGAUUUCAAGAACAUUGAACCAUGGAAGAUGGAAAUUUCCCAUUCCAAUACCAAUUACAAUGAGAGUGAUAGGGAUGAAAAUAAUGCUAUAAAGAAAUGGUAUCAAAUCUGGCAAGAAUUUUGGAACAUAUAUAGUAACGGAUAA